UCAGACGACCAACCCAGAUCAGAGCGAUCUCCGAUCUCAGACGAACAACCCAGAUCAGAGCGAUCUCCGAUCUCAGACGACCAACCCAGAUCAGAGCGAUCUCCGAUCCCAGACGACCAACAGAUCGGUACCAUGUGAGAACGAAGGAGAGAACCGCCGCGAACAACAGAACCCGGACGAGCGUGUCGCUGAGCUGAUCCAUCAGGAGCUUUAGGAUCGACUAAUCCUCGUGCUUCUCCAGUUCGUUCCAUCCGUACACCGCCCGGAGCUUCUCGACUUCCUCCUCCGACAGCCCCGAGGCUCUGCUGACCUUGAACUCGUCCUCGCAUUCCUGAAGAAACUGAACCUAUAUUGGAUGAGGCUGCGGUGCAAAAUAUAUUUUUAAAGUCCCUAGACAACUAUAUAAAGUGGUGUAACUACUUGUGCAUUCAGCCAGUUUGGAGCAAUUUGCAGUCAGUUAGGAAGGAGAAAAAGCUACUGUUUGUUUCCAUGUACUGUUUGAUCUGGGGUGAAGCAGCCAAUUGAAAGCUUGGAGUUAGGCUCAUUAGGCAAGCAUUGGAAGCGGAUGAUUGGCUUAGCUCUGACUUAAACAAAUUGAGAUCAUGGCGCCAUCUAAUAGAGCAGCAGCAGCUAAAGCGAUAGCUUUGAGGAUGAAAGCUGUGCAAAUGAAAAGAACUAGCUCUAAGGAUGCAGGGCCGUCAACCACACCUAAAGCUUUGUCUCCAAAGAAGAGGGUUGUGUCUGCUAAGAAGAAGGAGGUGUCCCCGAAGAAGAAGGUUGUCCAAACUAAGAAGAAGACUAGAUCCCCGAAGAAGAAGACAAAGGCUGUAUCAGAGAAAUCUGUAUCAAAGACCAAGUCUGGAAAUAGUUCUAAGUCUAAUAAGAUAGAGGAUGGUGAUGAUGAGGAAGAUCCUAAUGCAACUGGUGGUUUGAAGCUGCUAAGGCGAGGGAUGGUGACAAUGAAUCGCAUUACAAGGCGACUCAUCAGAGGGAGAAAGCUAACCAUACAGAUUAAUGAUAAGGGGGAACCUUAUGGUAAGGCUGCAAAAGAAAUGCAGUCUUACAUUGGGGUCUUAGCACGUACAAAGAUCUCGAUUGUCACUGGUGAUUGGAGAGAGGUGGACCCUGAGGAAAAACAGAAAAUCUGGGAAUCUAUUAUGGAUGCAUAUGUGAUCCCUAAAGAAUGUAAGAAGCUGGUGAUUACCUCUGCUGCAAAUAAAUGGAGGGAAUUUAAAAGCAAAUUGACCAACAAGUACAUUAUCCCUUAUAUGGAUACCCCUGAAUUGCUUGAAAAUCCACCGGAUGAUUAUCGAUGUGUUAAGAAGGCUGAUUGGGAUAUCUUUGUCGCUGACAGGAUUUCAGCAAAAUUUCAGGAACUGCGUGAUGCACAAAUAGAAAAAAGAAAGGAAAAUCGGUACCCUCAUCGUAUGGCACGUAAAGGAUAUGCUAACUUAGAAGCCGAACUGGUUAGUUUUUGGAUGAUACUUAUUGAACUUUGUGAAUAG